CGGUUUCCUUUUCGUUACAAACAGGUGAGCGGAUAGGGAAGAAAGGGGAAUUAAUUACCUGAACAGGUAGGACAAAAAGGGAAAACCAUCGACCACUGUCUAGAGUGGUGACCGGUUUGCGGAUUUUCAUGUCAUAAGUGGAAUUCAUAUCUUCAGGCGCGGAUGUGUUUUCAUAAUUUGUGAGUAGUAGUGGAUUAUUGUUGACUUUAAAGCGAUUGCACGUGUAUUUCUCAAGCGAUAGCGUUCAUUUUUGAGAUUCUUAAUUCGAGGGAUUUCCAUACAAGCCACGAAAUGGCAGAUGAAACCGUGCAGUUGGAGAAUGUUGAGUUCGUGCAAUCAUGUCCCAUGCAGUACAGGUGUAGACGCUGCAGCAGCCUGGACUCGGCCCUUAACAGGGCACGAUGUGGACAUGGUUUCUGUGGAAGGUGUGUGAAUAUGGUUCGCGCCGCCAGGUUCCAGUGUCCUGUGGAUUCUAGAUCUGUAGAGAAAAAAGAACUCGUGGUGGACAGGGAGAUUAAAGAUAAAAUCCUAGAAUUGUCUGUCUACUGUCUGCAGAAGAAGAGGGGAUGCAAGAGGACUCUUAUUCUAAAAGAACUAGAGCAUCAUCUUGAAACUUGUGGUUACGUUCCUGUGUCCUGUCCAUGUAGCUGCGGCCUGCAAGUGACCAAGAGAGAUCUAGCUCAGCAUCUUACUUCUAACUGUGAAAGAAGAUUAGUUCCUUGUUCCUAUUGCCAAGAAGAUGUCGUCUUCAAAGAUAUGGAUCAACACAAUGACAUCUGUGGAAAGAAGCCUGUCAUAUGCCCACACUGUAAAGCUGAAGUUAGAAGAGAACAAUUAUUGCCACAUGAACUGAUGUGUCCAAUGAAGCCAAGAUGUUGCCCUUUAGCAGAGGCAGGUUGUCCCUUCAAGGGCACAUCUGAAGAGCUCGAUACACACUCUAAUGAUGUCCAGACUCACAUGCGAAUUAUGGCAGAAGCAAUGACUCAAUAUCGUUUAAAUAUACAGAAUUUGGAAGAAAAAGUAGCGGAAUCCGUAUCGGAGAAUAUAAAACUAAAAGAACAAUUGCAGGAUAUUUAUCCAGUAUUAGGAACAGUUAAGAAUUUAGACAAGACCGUCACAUCACUACAAGAAAAAAUAAAGAAACUGGAAAUAGCUGAGCAGACUAUUGAAGAAAUGAAUGAGACAUUAGUAAGACUCAAAGAAUAUAUGCAGAGAGCACAACCAGCUGUCGUGCAAGACCAUAAAUCUAAAUCCCCACCAUGCAUUAAGUCCCCUCAAUCCAAAUCACCACCACACGGAGUGUUUAAUCACAACGUCUCAUUUGAAGAUCAAAGGCCGAAACAUGCAGCACCCCCAACAGAUCUCUAGAUGAAUUAAAUUGAUCAAGAAAAAGAGAUGGUAUGAAACUAUUGCAACUCGUCAUAAGUGCCUUUAAAUUGGACUUAGCACUAUUUUAGAAAUGCGGGGAUGAUACCAUUGUCAAGUCCAACUAGCAAUGAAGGUAUCUGCAAAAAAAGCGCUGAUCAUCUGUUAGAAUGACUGUUGUCUUAAUGUUUUGUAAAAUAUUUGGUACCUAUUUUAUUUAUGGUUUAGGAGUUAACUAUGCUUGGAGUGGUGCAAUAUGAUUUUUCUGAAAUAUAACUUCACGUGUCUUGCCUUUGCUUUUAUUUUCAAAAUAUAUUUUGUGCUAUCACCGGUAUCAAAUUGCUAAUCCAGUUUCACAUGCCAAACUCCGUAGUUGUGUAAUUUUGCAAAUCCAGAAGACAAUGGAAGAACUGACUCAAGCUUCGGAACUAACUCUUCUUUGUUGAGGACUUUUUAAGUGAAACUAGAUCGCAUUUGUGUUUUAUGGAAAGGGCAAAACUACCGCUGUAAGCCUGUAUUCUAAUCCAUGAUUAGAGUUUACCACUGCAAAUAUUUAAAUUCUACAAGUGGUUAGUGAGAAUAAAAGUACUUAAGAGCAACGAUCCUAUGAUGUUGGUUAUAGCAUAAUUUUUUUUUUUUGUAUAGUGUAGUAGUAAUGAAUAAAGGCUAAUUUUAAAAAUGCAAAAAUUGCAUGCAUAAUAAUGCAUAUCUCUAUCAUUUGAAAAUUUUUCAUAAGCAAUAAGUUAAGAUUAAUAUAGCAUGCACUUUUUAAAAAUAAAAUGGCUAUAUUCUUCUCAAAUAUUUUUCAGUUGGCAAUUUUUGAAUAAGGACUGUUCGACCAUGUGCUUUUAUGUUAAUUUUUUAUCUUGGAAAAAAAAUAACUCUUUAAAUUUUUCUACAAUAGCCUAUUGCGGGCCAGGUUAUUAUGGGGGUUAAGUCUGCACAAUUUAGUGACCAACAGUAGCAACAGGGUUAGCAUUUUAUACAGACUGCCAUUAUUUCCAACUCAAGUUGGUACCAUCGUUCUGAAGCGGAGUGGACUCAAAGCCAUCAGCAGUGAUGUUUUUUUUUGUUUUGAAUUUUUGAUUUUUAAAGGUGCCAGUAGAGUUUCAUAAUGCAGUUUGCAUUUUUAUGUAUAAAUCAUUACGACAUUGUAAAAGCUAGAUAAAAAAUAACGCAUUGAAGCAACUGCAGUUUUUAAACCAAUUAUAGUUUACAUAUUAAAGUUACCAGUUAAAAAAAAAAUAAAA